AUGGAAGAAGUUGACCUGGUCGUCGUUGGCGCAGGACCAUACGGUCUAAGUGCUGUAAAGACAUAUCUGGAAGUGUAUCCUUCCGCCAAAGCGGUUGUCCUGGAAGCAGAAUCGUCCAUUGGAGGAGUAUGGGCAAAGCAUCGUCUCUACAGUACUCUGUGCACAAACAAUGUCUUUGGCUCACUUGAGUUCCCGGACUUUGCCAUGGAUGCGGAGACAUUUGGUGCAGAGAAGGGCAAACCUAUACCCGGACAGACCGUGCAUGCAUAUUUGAAUACAUAUGCAAAAAAGUUCGGUCUCACAGAGAGAAUACGCCUUCGAACGAGGCUCAUCUCUGCCGAACAUAGAGAUAAUCCAUCAUCAUGGCUUCUCACCGUUGAUGCAAACAGUGAUGGAAUGGAGGCUACGGUUGGAAGCACUUCGACUAUCCUCACUCGGAAAUUGAUACUUGCAACCGGGCUCACAUCACGGCCACAUAUCCCCAAGUUCAAAGGCCAGGAAACAUUUAAUGCACCGAUAUUUCAUUCUCGAAAUAUGUCAAAGUAUGAGAAUGAACUGUCGCACCCGGACAAGACCGUGGUCGUGUAUGGCGGGGGGAAAGCUGCCUGGGACAUGGCCUAUACCUGUGCAGCAGCUGGAGCAUCUGUGCACUUUGUUAUUCGUGAAAAUGGCCGCGGGCCUGCGUGGAUGUCCCGGUCCAGGAUCACGCCGCUUAAGAUAUUACUAGAAUACCUGCUUCUGACCAGAUGCACAACAUGGAUGUCUCCUUGUAUCUGGGCAACAACGGGGCCAACGAAAUUUCUGCAUGAGACUUGGCUGGGUAAACAACUCGUCGAUGGCUUCUGGGCCUUGGUAAAGAACGACGUGGUGACUGCUAAUAAGUAUAACAAGCACCCAGAGGUCAAGAAAUUGAUGCCGUGGCUUGAUCCGUACUGGGUGUCCACGUCGCUGAGCAUCCUGAACUACCCGAGUGACUUCUUUGACCUAGUGAGGAGUGGCCAGAUCAAGAUACAUAUUGCGGAUAUAGAUUCUCUGUUCAGCCGGACGACGCAUCUUUCCAACGGUACCUCUCUUGAGACUGAUGCUGUGAUAUGUGGAACUGGCUGGGAAGCUCGAUCACCGAUAACGUUUCUGCCUGAGGGGAUCGACGAGCUUCUUGGAGUGCCCUGGGCUCCCGAGCCGCUGGAUAAGUCACUCCUGGAGGCUGCAGAUAAACAUAUUCUGAGACAGUUCCCGCAACUCAAGGCCUCUGCCAAAGUGAAUGAGCGUUUCAAGCACUUCUCUGCGGACGCUGAGACUCUCUCUUCUCAUCCAUACCGGCUGAUUCGAUUCAUGGCGCCUCCCAAACUAAAAGACCGAUCGAUUGUCUUCCUUGGGAUGGCAGCCAAUAUAGACACAGCCAUCACAUCUCAGGUACAGGCCCUCUGGGCCACUGCAUAUCUCUCAGGCCAGCUUGAAGUGUGUCCGCUGGUUCCCCGGCCGGCUGAGCCCAAACCUACGGUAGAGGAAGACAAGACAGAUUGGGAGGUAGCCCUCUACUCGCAGUUCAGCAUCCGGCGAUAUCGAGAGGGUAUGCGCAUGCGUAACCCGGACUUUGUCCUUGAAUCCAUCCCCUAUAUUGAUCUGAUGCUGCGAGACCUGGGCCUGCAACGCCGUCGCAAAAAGGGGUUCUUCCGGGAGCACUUCACUGUGUACCGGCCCCGAGACUACCAGGGAAUGGUAGAUGAAUGGAAAGCAAAGUAUAAGACAGGAUCAUCCGUCAGCACUGAAUAG